GCCAACAACGACAACAACGCAGCUCGCGGUCAUCUCUCUCCAUCUGUCGGCUGCUUGUUGCUGAAAGGGGCUUCAAGGAUCUCAAACACAAAAUGUCAUCUAGAAAGUUACCAAUAUUCAACAAUUUGAAGGCAUGGUUUUCCUCCAGUGUUCCUCGCACGUUGAAAGAUUUGUGGAAGAAACAAGGAGGGGAGGAUGUUUCGUGUAUGAAGGAUGCCAAUUUCAUCUUCUCAAACGAUGCUGCUUGUCCCGAUACUGUCGAGAUCUAUGAGAGUGAUGAGUUCCUGCGAGGCUUCCUAACGGUCUUCCAUUCAAGCUACAUUGAUGCUUGUAUGAAGGAGAAGACUGCUCAUGAAGUAGCAGCAGCACAAUAUAUUCUACUCCCUCCAGACAUGGCAGAUGAUAUCCAAAAACUGGCUUAUGUUCGUAGAACUUCGAAUCCCGAGAAGGCAGAGACUAUCCCUACCAAGAAACAAGAUCAGAGUAGAACCAAUAAAUCAACUACAACAAAUGAAAACACCAACACAAACCACCAUCAAGAGAGGUUAUCAUCUGAGCCUUGUCAUUCUAAUCAAAGCAGAGAACCACCAAGCUUCGCUCAUGCUGCAGAUAUUGCCUUCAGAAUCGAUGAUCUUGCAAGCAUCCCGUACGCCAAGUCCUUGCCAAGGUUUGAAGGUAUCGUCACAGACUUCAUCCCUGGAGUCAAUGGUUGUUCAUUGUCUCUAAAAUCAUCGUGAUAUGACCAAAUGAAACAGAUUCAGAGCAGUCUUAUUCUAAUUUGAGGACUUAAAAAGUAUACCGGUACCGUUAACCAGAAAAUAUUUUGCCUGUGCUAUCCCAUAUCAAACAUUUUAGCUUAAAAUAUUAUAUAGUAAAACCCUUCUACAAAGA